AUGGAUCUCUUAUCGUCUUCAUCAGACGGCUCUCGGUCUUCAUCAUCAAGCUCAACAAAAUCUACAGUUCUUUCCAUACAGUGCUUAAAGGGAUGUUCAAAGGCAGAUGAAUGGGCAGGCAACAUGUUACUGACAGGAGACAUAGUAGAGGAGUUAAGGAUUGGAAAAAUGAUAGUAACAUCUCCUUUUAAGAAUGGAAAAUCUGGUGUUCACAAGAUUCUGCACAAUUCUUUCAAGGCUAAGGAGACUUCGAUCCGUGUUCGAGUCAGGCGUGGCUCAGACGAGUUUACUGAGCUUCUGGCCUGUAUUAUGCCUGUUAAUGAGUUUGUUGGGAAAAAAGGAUACAUGUUGAGGUCCAUUGAUGAUCCGAAUUAUGCUGUUGGGUUCUUUGAUCGGACGGAGAAAGAGUGCCUCGAAUUGCAAGCUUCAAGGACCUCAAGCAUAGUGAGUGCAUUAGAAAAAAACCCACUUCAAGAUGGAUAUGUCCCUUAUCCAUGGACAAGAAAAAUGCAAGAAACGCUGUCAAUUCCCAAUUCCAGCAGCUUUUAUUCAAUCCUGGUACUACCAAAAUCUUCAGACAGAAUUGGUUCCAGGUACAAUGAUUUGGAGGACACACUUGCAAGAGCACAUGCAUGGAUUAAUGCAUCUCAGGCAUCAGGUGCCCCCAUUCUCUUCAUGAAUAUUCAAACUGAGUCCCUUCUUACCAAGAUAUCAGGAGAGACUGCUUCUUCAACUGUAAAUGCUGGGUCACUUUCUGAUUUAUCAGACAUAGCAAACACAAGUUUAUAUGGUUUUGAAGAUUACCACGGGGUCGACAUUGGCGUCGUAAGGGCAGUUCGUCUCUGGUUUUCGUCGCUUGCUGGAGAAAUUCCAGUUGAGAUCAAAAUUAAAGACACUGAUACAAAGCUUGGUUUUUCCAUCAGUAGAACAGAAGAGGGGUUCAUUUACAUAUCUUCAGUCAUCCAAGGGGACGAGGACGCACCUUCAUCCCGAUCCAGACUCAGAAAUCUGUACCACCAGUCACUUGGGGCAUCAAGAAUCCUAGUUGUCUCAAGAAUAUCCAAUCAAAAAAUCCUACCAUGGAUGGUAUCUCCAGCGGGAGCAAUCCGGUGUUACGACACAGUAUCUCUCAGUCAAAAGCUCUCUUUGCAUAAGCACACCAAGGUGCCUAUUCUGAUGCAUGUGUUCCUAUGGGACCGGUCCAUUACGCACAGAGACAUCUCCACCAAUCCUACUCCAUCAACACCUGAAAAUGAUAAUCGGGUGCUUCCAAUAUUGCCUGAUUAUUCAAAUGAGAGUACUGGAUCAGAUAUUAUGCAUGAAAGGGAUAGUGCAGGAGAAUGCUCCUUCCGAUUCCAAGUUUUUGCUCUUAAAAGCAACUAG